AAUGGUUUUUGAACUACAAACUGGAAAAGUUAUUUUUCUGGCCGUAUUGCUCGCUUUGUUAGGACAAUUCUGUACGGUGAGAGGCAAUGUAUAUGAUGAAAAUUAUGAAAGUUUAACAAAUGGAGGUGAACAAGAAAUUAACGAAGAAAAAAAUUCCGCAUUUGAGGAAGAAAUAUAUCCUGAAGACGAAACCGAGCAAUAUUUUGUCAUUGAUCGGAUGUCGAAUUUUGCUGAAAAGCUGGAAAACACCGAAAAAACUUACAUUGAAAAUGAUGAUAGUUCAACAAGACAAAGGAGAAGUUUGCCUAGAAAAAGACAAGCAUAUCCUAAAUGGUUCAGACAUGCUUGUCGCAAACAUUUUUGUGGAUCUUACGACUGCAGUACUUUCCUGUAUGCAAAAGGAAAGAUUUUGUGCAAACAUUGUAGAGUUGCAGCAUGUAGAAGAGGAACCAAAAUACUCAAAAUAAGUUCAAAAUAGAACUGAUGUGUUUCCAACAUGUUUUCCUACAAAGACUACCACAAAAAAAAAGAUAUAUUUAGGGACCUGUCAAUAACUGUCGAACUUCAAAGAAAUAUAAAAAGUCGUUUUCGUGACUUUUGUUUUUUAAAUGUAAAAUUAUCAACACGAUAUUACAUUUUAUUUAAGUGACACCAAAGUCAAAAAAUCUAAUAUGCGAUAAUCACUUUUUUUAUACCUUAACAUAAAUUUGCAAAAAAAUAUUCUAUUUUGACACAUUUACUGAGAAGUAUGACUUGAUUCUUCUGAAUGGAGAAAGAUUUAUAUCAGGCAAAUAUACAGCAAUAUUUAGUACAAAGAUUUUUAUAUACUAGAUAAAUUUCAUGGUAAGGCGAUGACGCUAAAUGAAGUUUUCAUCAAGCAAAAUGGCGCCUGAAUUGUUCUGCCAAGUGUUUUCCGGGGAAAAUAUUUUUUUACAUACAUGUAUUUCGAAAUUCAUAUCCUUUUAUUAAAAGAAGCAACGGGUAAUUUAUGUAUAUAACAAUAUUUUUUUCUGCAGUAGAUUAUAAUAGCUGAGUCAUUAAAUUGUUUCCUUUAUAAUGAUAGUUAAUAUAUAAUUCGUUUUAUGUUGAGCUUUUGUAGUGUAUAUAGAUAACAUUUUCAAUGAAUAAGGAAGUUGCAUCAUUUCAUUUAUUGUAUCACGUAAGGUUGAAUAAACAGAUUUACACUGAUCAACUUUGUAUAAGUCAAUAAAGCAUGGAAUUAUAUUAGAUAAAAUUGUUUCACGAAUUUAUAUUUCCAACAAACAAAUUUUAGAAAAAUGUUAAAAUAUUUU